AUGUCUAUCUGGAGAGUCAGAGUCCUGACGGCACUGUGCUUCCUGCAGCAGACUAGAGGUCAUGUUCAGCUUCCCGCUCCUCAAAAUGUUACACUGCUGUCACAGGAUUUUGACAUGAUUUUGACAUGGACUCCAGGAGAAGGCUCUCCACCAGAUGUGACAUACACUGUGAGGUAUGAAAGCCAGGAACGCAUGGACAAAUGGAUAAAGGUUCCUCACUGCAAAAAUAUUCACAGAACCUUUUGCAAUCUGACUUGUGUGCUUCCAAAAUUUGUUAAAGUCCGGGCUCGAGUAAAAGCUGUUUCUGGGCGAUUCACGUCGCCAUGGGUAGAGUCGCACUUCAAGCAAUACUAUUUGGAUGUGGAACUGGCUCCUCCUGUGCUAAAUGUGAACGUCAAGGAGAACUUAAUCCAUGUGAAUGCCUCCUUCCCUUUGGCCACCUGUGUGGAGCAUUUAUCUUGGAUGUAUGACUUGAACCUUUGGGAAGCUGGAUCUGAACACAAGAAGCAGUACGAAGGUAUGUUUAGGAAGAAGACAGUGACUAUCGAUACCACCGCACUUAGAGGCAACUACUGUUUAAGUGCCAGAUCAUCCUUCCAAAGCAUUGACUUCAAGCACAGCGAAUUCUCCCAACCAGUGUGUGUGCUAUUAAACCACAAAGUGGAAUGGAAGUUCCCAUUUUCUGCCACGAUCCCUGUGUUUGUCCUCCUUGUCUUUCUGACAAGUGCCUUCAUCAUCUGCUUGCUGAAACAAGAUGCUAUGCGAAAGGAGAUGCCUCGUGCUUUGGAUUUAUCUCAAUUAAAAGCUGCUGGACCAGCUUUUCACUGUGAGCCUAGUGAAAAGGAAUUCUUCAGGGACUAUCUUACCUGCACAGAGAAGCCAAUGUCACAAAGGAAGACAAAUAAAACCUCAGCAAGAAACAAGCCACCAUGGAUGGCUUCUUUCUUAUCAUCAUCAUCAACAGAAGAGGAAGAGGAGGAGGAAGAGGAAGAAGACAGCAGCACUUUCAUCCCAUACACUGAAAUGCCUCAGUUUCCAAAGAGACAUCUGAACUGUCAAUCACCCAGAACAGCUCAGGGGAAAACUGGCUUGGACUCCGGAUCUGGAAGUCUCUCUGUGGAUAGUGAAUCUGUGCUUGACCUAAGUGCCUUGGGUUUCUCAUUCUUCCCAAUGAGAAAGAAUGAGGUCGACACCUCAGGAUCUCAAGGAAAUGAGAAGGCAUCCCUUUCUUACAGUUCCUCUCUGGGAACAAUAUCCCUCACUGAUGUGAGAUUCCCAGGUCCCCGGGAACAUGGACAGCAUGAGACAAACAGGGAUGAAGGCCUGGAAAUGACUCCUCUUCAAACACCGAUGGAGGAGAUUUGUGCCAAAUUUCCAGCCAAUGAGCACUACCUGCAGAGGAAGGCUCAUCAUUUCACCAAGUGUUACCAGAAACCAAAAGCUGACCUGCACGCCCAGAUCGGUGAGGUAUCACAGCUCAGCAAGGAUCCCAGCACUGAGUUGCUCAUUUCCUUUCAGACAUUACAGGUGGCAGAAGACGAAGGUAUUGCAAGUGACUGUGACAGCGAUAAUUUUACCGAAGGGACACCUCCCGCAUCCACGGUGCUAAGUGACACAUUUGAAACUUAAAAUAUGGGGGAAAAGUAUGAUCACAAGUUUAAAUUCAAAGGCUACGAGCACACACAUUACAUGGGAAGGAGCUAG